UAAGACUCAUCAAACAAAAAUAAUAAUAAUAAUUAAAAUAAAACAAAACUGUCAGGGCACCAGUGAUUCAGUUCAUCUUCUUCCUACUCCAUUUGAUCCUUUCUUUUGGUCCCCUUAUUCAAUUCUUGGAGCUGCUAAUCAAUAGUCCCAUGGCUGCUUCAUGUUCACAAGUUCCCCAGCUCUAGAUGAAUGAUCUUCAGCUUCUUCUUCUUCUUCUCCAUCUACCCUUUUAAGCAGCAACCAAGAAUUGGCAGCCAUGUUUGAUAAACUCUUUGGGUGGAGAAAAGCUUCCAAAUGCAAGAAGUUGAUUGGGAGGGUGCAGUGCAGGCUGAAGCUGCUGAAGAACAAGAGAAGUUGCAUUGCAAGACAGUUAAGGGAGGAUUUGGGUGAGCUUCUCAGAGAUGGACAUCAUCAGCUUGUGUUUGACAGGGUUGAGCAGCUGUUUAUGGAUGAGAAUCUGCUGGCAGUGUAUGAACUGUUGGACAAUUACUGUGAAUUUAUCGUCAUUAAUCUUCCCUACAUCCGCAAGAACAAAGACUGUCCUAAUGACAUCAACGAAGCAGUGUCGACUCUCAUAUAUUCGUCAGCCAGAUUAGGCGAUCUGCCAGAGCUUCUGUUGAUAAGGAAGCUCUUUGCAGAACGUUACGGCCAGAGAUUUGCAGCAGUGGCUCUUGAUCUGCUCCCUGGAAAUCUCGUUAAUCGUCAGAUAAAAGAAAAUCUGGCAAUCAGGUCUGUCUCAGAUGAUGUGAAGUAUAAAUUAGUGGAUGAAAUUACCAGGAGUUGCUUCCAGCAAGGGCCUUUGCUCCUGGGAUACACUUCUGAAUGGCAAAAACAGGAAAAUGAGGGUAUUGUUGAUCAGGUUUCUAGAGGUGAUGUUCAGAACAGUGACAGUAAAGAUGAGCAGAAUGUGAUUCAGGGUUCCGAGGCUGCUGCAGACACAGAACAAAACUUCGUGUCUAUCGAUGGCUCAUCAGAAGCAAAGAAAUGCUUGAAUCCUGAUAGGGAAUUUGCAGGUUUGGGAGUAAAAAAGUGGGGUAGGGCUGCAACAUCUUCCUCAGAAAGUUUCGGGAAAUUGCAGGAGGAGAUGGUGUAUCUCGAUGACAUUGCAGAGUUCGAGUCGAGUUUGAGCAAAGAUGCAUACUUGCAGGAUCAAAGGCUGUUCAUGUUCAACUCAUCUCUGGGUUCAAAGACAGAAAACUCAAAUGCAGAGACUAAAAAUGGUCUUAAGAUGGAAAAACUCGAAUCGCGGGUUGUGAAAGGGGAGCCAAGAAAGCUCAGGAAUGGUUCUGAUAAGAAGCCGAGCAGGAGAUCAAUCUCUCGGGAGAUUACCAGCACGACAGACAUUCAAACCGCGAUAUACUAUGGGAAAUCACUGCAGAAUUAUAGUGGCAAGACAAGGCAUCAUAUGAAGAUUUUAGUCAAGGACAGCCAUAGAUCAUAUUCUGCAGAUCAUCAAAGUAUAUAUGAGCCUUGCCUCUUCACUUUUAUAGUGUACAAGCGUUUCGACAGGGAAACAAGCAACGCGAACGAAUCAGAUGGAGGCGUGGCGAGUGGAGAAGACAGUUCCGAUUCAUCGUCUGCAGAAAACAGCGAUUCUUGGAAGAGAAAACAUAAUUAUCAGCCACCAUAUGUCUGCAGGGCAGUAACUAUGCCCCCGGAAAGGCCUAAAGAGAGUGUUGUUUUGGACAGCAUUUCGCGAUCCAAUUCGUUCCCGGUUCAACAGCCCGAUCAUGUUCAUCCAAAGCUCCCAGAUUACGACGAAAUAGCAGCUAAGUUCUUGGCUCUGAAGAGAGAAAAAAUCCAGAAUAAAUGCCACCUGCAGAGUCCUUAGCUUGGUGGAUUAAGAGCAUUAUGUUUUUAUGCACUUUCAUUGGUUUGUUCUAUUCUUUGUUCAUCUUUUACAGAUAGGGUCAUAUUGUGAUUUAUAUAUACAUCAGGAAUUUGUGAUUUUUCAUGUAAGAAAACAUUUGUGUCAACAUUUAUAAUCCAAAUCAUAAAUCAC